GACUUUCCGUAUUCCGUUGUGAUUUAAAAUUUUAAAUAUAAUUUCAAUUUGUAUUACAAAUAUACAAUUUGAAAGGUAGUUUUCCUUUGGAAUUUACGUACAAUUCAAUUUCAUUCCAUAGUUAUUAUCAAGAAUGGAAAAUUGUUUAGAAGAAAGUGAUAUACAGGUGCCUGUGUCCCCACCGCGUCGUCGUAGAUCUACAUUUUUUGUAAGACGCGAAUCUCUAGCGCCAGCUCUUCAUGCAGAGAAUAAACUGGAUAGCACCAAUGGAGAUGAGAGGAAAGCACAUAAUGAAGCUGUCACAAAGUAUUAUAAUGCUUUAUUGUAUGAAAAGUCAUUGUGGAAAGAAGAAUUAAUAAGAAGACGUGAUGUUUACCAAGAACUUCGCUUACAAUGCAAGAUUGCUCAGAAAAGACCUAAUUCCUUGGAAAGCCAAACUUAUUCAGUUCUUAAUGCAGAAGAUAUUGAAUUUCUGAACAGAAAAAUUAAUUUAUCUCAACUUAUUGAAAGGCAGCAGGGUCUGCACAAAUCUGUAAAAAUUGCUCAAGCAUUUUAUCGAAAAGCAACUGAACUAGAAAAUGUAAUUCUUACAAAUGUGGAAUCUAAAAUAGAUAAAAUUCAUGAUUAUAUAUUUGAAAACAGUACUAUGGAUUUUGUAGAAAAUUAAACCAAUC